CCGAAAGCCGCGCGGAGCGCACGUCAGCCGCCCGCCUGUCCCACACGAAAACGAACUCGUACUACGAACGAAAUGAGUUUAAAUUAUGUAAUUUCAUUAUAGUGUACAUAAUUUUUUUAUCAUACAAAUUAUAAUUUUCAGUGAAGUGAUAAUCUAGUGUCGUCUGACAAUGGCGCUGUUGUUUUGUGUAUUAUUGUGCGCGUGCGCCGGUGCCCUAGGUUUCAAUGUGGACAUACCCUCCAGGGUUGUUUAUAAGGGAAACCAUCACUCCAUGUUUGGAUUCACAGUCCAGUCGCACGUCGAUGGGGACCGGAAAAUGAUCCUGGUGGGGGCUCCAGAAGACCAGCCCACGUACACGGAAGGAGUCUCACGGCCUGGUGCCGUGUAUCGCUGCGAGCCGGGCUACCGGGGCUACCCUGCCGAGGGCGACCGAUCUAGGCCGUUGGAAAUGUGCUCCGAGAUGGUCUUUGAUAGGAAGAGAACGAACAACGUGGACACCCACAACCACCAGAUCGACCAGAAGUCCAACCAGUGGUUCGGCGCCACCCUCGCCAGCACCGGUCGUAACGGGCCUAUUGUGGCCUGUGCCCCCCGCUACGUGUCGUUCGUGUCCCACAAGCUGAACCAGCGGGACCCGGUGGGCACCUGCUACGUGGCCAAGACAUCUGACGCCAUCAAGGUCGAGGAGAUCUCGCCCUGCAGGACCACGAGCCACGGGCAACGCAAGACGGGCGUGUGCCAGGCUGGUUUCUCGGCGGCCGUGUCAAAGGAUGGAGAGCGUUUGUUUAUGGGAGCCCCAGGCAGCUUCUACUGGCAAGGGCGGACCAUUACCGUAGACAUUACGAUCGAAAACUUCAACUACUUUAUGCCGACUAUACCACAGGAAGGGCAACUCUACUCUCGUAACGUGAGUCAAAUCAUGCUGAUCGCAACCCCUGAAGCCAGUCCUAAGUACGACGACUCUUAUAUGGGAUACUCGGUCACUGUUGGAGACUUUGUCGGUCAUGGGAUCCAAGGCGUUGCUGUCGGAGUCCCCAGAGGAGCUGAUUUGAAGGGAUUGGUUGUCAUCUACACACGAGAUCUGGAGAAUUUCAAAAACAUAACCGGAUCCCAGAUCGGUGCUUAUUUCGGGUACAGUCUGGCCUCCGGCGAUAUCGACGGUGAUGGAACUGACGACAUCAUCAUUGGCGCACCCAUGUUCACGAGGAAGAAGAGCGAUGGAUAUGAACAUGGAAGGGUCUAUGUUAUUUACCAGGGAAGGGACAGGACGUUCACAAGACAUCAUUCUCGUACUGGUGAAGUAUCCAAGGGUAGAUUCGGUCUAGCUGUAACAUCUCUUGGCGAUAUCAACUUGGACGGCUUUGGAGACGUUGCAAUCGGAGCUCCGUACGGUGGAGAGAAUGGCCGUGGUGUGGUCUACAUUUACCUUGGCAGCAAGAAUGGUAUCUCCGAGAAGCACUCCCAAGCCAUCACUGCUGAGGAGAUCUCUCCCACUCUGACUACGUUUGGUUUCUCCCUCUCUGGAGGAGUUGAUUUGGACAACAACAACUACACCGACUUGGCUGUUGGAGCUUAUAAGUCGGAUAGCAUCGUGUUUCUUAAAUCCCGUCCCGUAGUGAAAGUGAUGGCAGACGUAAAGUUCAUGGGCGAGAGCAAGACCAUCGCUCUGACUGAGAAACGUUGCACCCUCGGCAACGGCACGCGCGUCGCCUGCGCUGACGUCAUGUUCUGUCUCACGUACAACGGCAUCAACGUCGAUCAGCAGAUCAAUUUCGAAGUGACCUUGGACCUGGACUCGCGCCAGAAGACCUCGAAGCGGCUGUUCAUGAUGGAGAGCCGAGAGACCACGUACAGGACGCACAUCCUACUGACGCAGGGGCAGCAGGAGUGCAGGGACAUCAAGGUUUAUGUGGAUGAGGAAUUCCGAGACAAGCUGACCCCCAUCGAGGUGAAGAUGUCUUACGAGCUGGUCACCCAGCCUUCAGGCAACGUGGUGCCCCCAGUCCUGGACCAGACGGAGGGCAUGGAGCCCUCCGACUCGCUCAACAUCCCCAAGAACUGUGGCGCUGAUAACAUCUGUAUUCCUGAUCUGAGAUUAGCAGCUAGCACCCCAACCAUCAAGUACAUCCUCGGCUCCGGAGACAACCUGAACAUCGAUGUGAAAGUGGAGAACUCUGGCGAGGAUGCCUUCGAAGCAGCCUACUACCUGCGAAUGCCGGCUGGCGUGACCUAUGCCAAGAUGGAGAGGCUCGACAAGGACAAUGCUGAUGCUGUGCCAAUUUACUGCUCCACCAGCGGACAGGAUGAGGAUGGAAAUAGCACCCUGAAAUGCGAUUUGGGCAACCCCAUGCCUAGUGGGCAGAAGGUUCAUUAUCGGGUGGUGCUAGAAGUGGACUCCAGGGUGACAUCCCUGAACUUCUUCAUGGAGGCCAACUCCACCAACCCUGAACAGGACACGCAGUACGACAACGCUAUGCCCAUGAACAUCAUGGUUGAUAUCAAGGCACAUUUGUCUAUUAUUGGAACCUCCGACCCUCCCGAGCUGCACUACAACGCGUCGCUGUACGACUCGUACAACCUGCAGGACGAGAGCAAGCUGGGCCCGCAGGUCAUCCACAAGUACAACAUCAAGAACGAGGGGCCCUUCACCGUGGAGGAGGCGGAGAUCGUCGUCAUGUGGCCCUACCAGACUCUUACUGGUGAGAACCUCAUGUACAUGCUGGUUCAGCCUCAGUGGCUAGGAGACGUGCGUUGCAACAUCGCGCGGCACGUCAACCCCGAGAACCUCCUCGUGGCCAGCCAGUACACCUUCUUGCUCAACAAGGAAAAAGAAGCAAUGAUGAGCAGCGAUUUAUACUCUGGUUCACAAAUAGCAGGAGGCGGUGGAUAUUACGGCCAAAAUAUUUGGGAAGUAAAUCAACAGUCUGGUGGAAGCCAACAUUCUGGCGGACAAUACGGGACAAGUCAAAGCAACAGACAAGGCGGCGGCGGCGGCCAAGCAUCAGACACUCGCUACAGCACCAGCCAGAGAGGUCAAUUCGGCACUGCCCAAGCCGGCGGUGGCCAAGACAACCGGGGCAGCAGCACGACAUACAAUAAGUCAUGGAGCAGUGACUCCUAUAACGAAGGACUAACUGUGGAACAGCAGGAAAAGAUUAGAAAGUACUUGGCAGCAGCAGCUGCCAGACCUCCUCAAUACGGAACUAGCCAAGGCCAAGGACAUCGCAGCCAAGGAACAUACGGCCAAGGACUGGCUGAUGGCGGAUCUGUCGUUCGAGUUAAAAACAGGACCAUUGAAUUUGAUGAGCACGGCAAUGUUAUAUCGGAAACCGAGACAAGCACCGAAUAUGGAUCUUUAGGACACGAAGGUGAAGCUGGAAGCUCUUUUAACGUUUACGCUAACCGAGAUCACGCUAGUGGUGGUGGCAGCCACGCCUCCUCAUCUCAGUCAGGGAGAUUCGGAAGUGCUGGAUCCCAAGGAUCAGGCAACAUUUACUCCCAACGAGGAGCAGUAUAUGGCCAAGGUUCAGGUCAAUCUUCUGGCCAGAGCCAGGCGGGUUUCGUACACGGCGCCUGGGCUACGACAGAAACCGUCAACUCGGACAUCAUGAAUGCUGGAUCGUCGACGUACCAUGGGAGCGCCUCCAACACUGUACUUGAAGAUGAAGACGAUGCCAUAGGAGGGUUUGGUGCUGCGGCUGCGAGAAACCCGAACAAUGAGUUCCGAGUAGGCUUCGGCGAUGUUACUGGCGCGGAGACUUCGGGACAAGGCCAACGAACUGGCGGGAACUACCACUCGGGAGGCGGGACUGACGGGCGGAACUAUCAAACGGCUGGCGGCAGAAGCGCGCAAUCUAGCGGUAGUUCUUUUCAAACAAGUUCUGGUGGUGGCUACUCUUACUCUCAGUCAGGUGGUCAAACAACUUACAAUACUUAUGGCAGCAGUUUUGGCUCUACAUCACAAAGGCGUGAAAGUACAAGAAGGCGACGACAGGAUCAGGCUGAUCCUCAACUGACAGACAUUCUUCAGAAGUGCGAGGAGAAGUACAAGUGCGAGGUGCUUCGUUGCACCACCGGCCGACUGGUGAAGGGCCAGGAAGUGUGGCUGGCGUUGAAGUCUAGGAUUAAUGCGUCCGUCCUCAAUGAGAUCUCCAAAGACCGAGCGGUGAUCCUGUCCACGCUAACAGCAGCUCGUGUGUCCCGGCUAGCGGUGUUGGGCGAGCAACGCGAGGCGGAGUGGCAGAAGGCCGAGGCGCAGACGGUGGUGACGCCGCAGCUGGAAGCGCUCGAGAGCGGCUCCAUCCCGCUGUGGGUCAUCAUACUGGCCGCUGUCAUUGGAGCAUUGUUAUUGCUGCUGCUGAUCUUCGCUCUUUACAAGUGCGGUUUCUUCAAGCGCAACCGCCCCUCGGACCACGCCGAGCGCCAGCCCUUGAACGGUCGCGAUGAGCACCUUUGAUAUCCGACCACCGACAUCGGCGUGACGAGCGACACCGGCGGGACCGCCGACACCGCCGACUCCGCUGAGUCGGCGUCCGGCGGUCCGGCGGCCGACUCCAGCUCGUCCACUGAUGCGGCCAGCGACCUCACGAGCCGAGACUCCACUAGUCUGGAUAGGUACUGACAGAAAGUACUGGUGUACAAGUUUUAAGAAAUUGAUCAAUGCAUCUAUUGAUUUUAGGGAAGGAAUCGUUCAGAUAGUAAUUUGCUUUCUGAAAAUGCAUUUAAAGAAAAAUAUCGAUUGUUUCAUCUUCUAGUAAUUUAAUAAGAUACCUAAUGCUAUUUAUAAGAUGGUAGGUAUUUUGCUGUCAUCUCUCUUGUUUGUUAAUAAAACUGUUCAUGGAACAUUGAUAUCUAGAUGACGUAAUUAUUGCUCUUUUGAAGCAAGAGAUUCAUUAUGACUUAUUAAUCUUUGAAAGAUUAGGUAAAAACCGAGCAGAUAAAUCGUAGAAACUAGACCUAUAAGCUACUAGUUUACUAGUUUAUGUCACCUGUAGUUUCGUAGCUUUAGAUUCACAUAUUAAAAAGAUGCACUUGAUCGGUUUUUGUGUUGCGCCCUUCACCAGAUAUCACGGCUUGUGUUGUCGCUUCGCGUCAUUGUGGCGGCCAUCUUGUGUUAUAAAAUUCCGCCAUCUUGUGACGGUGAUCAAAGGUUGACAAAAUCAUUAUCAUAACCAUAAAUAAAUUCAUUAUUUUAACGAUUUUGUUUAUAAUAGAUUAAUCAAUCGUUCUAAUUACUAUUUGUUUUUAUUUUGUCAACUCUGGUAGAUCACUCUCACGUGUCGGAUAUUUUAGCACCUAAUUUGUUUUAUAGAUAUUUAAAACUUCACUGUUAAAUAGAUUUAUUUGUGACGUCAACGAGGUUGAAUCGGGCUGUUCGUGCCUUAUUUUGUCGAAUACAUAGUCAGUUGUGUGCCUUAGACAUUUUUGUCAAAAAUGUUAUGUAAGGUGUAUGAAAUGUAUGCUGAUGUAAAUAAAUAUUACAUGGAUUGUAAUUUACUAGUCACGAUAAAUAUAUUUCGAAUAGGUAACAAUGUUAAUGUGCUUAAUUUUAGAAGCCAUUAAUGUUGCUAGCUUUUUGAUGGAAUUCAAAUAUCCGUGUCGGUACGCCAUACUAGUAAAUAAUAGAAAAAAAAACAAAAAAUAAUAAUGUUAGAUAGAAAAGGAUUAAUCUCGAUGUGUGAUAGAUAUUGUAAAAAGUGUGUUGUUGUUGUAUGGGAGUGGAGAAAUGUGAUCUAAGUUUAUAAUAAUUAGGUAUACAUAUUUUUUACUAAAUGAGUAACAUUUUAUGAAAGUUGCAUUGACUAAUUCCCAAAAAUUUAGCGGACCUACUUAGGUAAUGUGGACGCUUUAAAAAUAUUAAAUUAAUGUAUUUAGGAGGCAUUAUCUCGUAAGGUAGUGGUUGUAUUGUCUUUUUUAUAGAUGACCUACCCUCAAGAGUCAUUUGAAAUUAUUGCAAUGCUCCGAAGAAGGAAAUAAUCAAAAAUUAUAAUUAGAAGAAGAAAGAGAGCUAAGUAUGUUUAAUUUGUAAUAUUUUAACGAACUUUAAGGCAAGCUAAUUACAAAAUACCUGUACUUAGGUAGUCAGUGGCAGUAAUUUUUUCGAAGAGGGUAGGAUACAAGGUAGGUGACGUACAUACACGCUUUAAAAUUGAGCAAUAAAAAAUGUAAACAAGUAAUUAAAUGUGGUGCAUUUUAUAGUUUUAAACAAAAAAGCAAUAUUUUAGUAACAAGAAACUAGCAAAAUACUUCAUCGUAAACAUUAUUAUCAUAUAUUAACAUAUCAAUUUCAAACGUGAAAAAAUUGCAAUUAUUUUAACGUUAGAAAAGGCUUGAUAAUGCUUCUUUCUGUAUCUAAUUUUACGAAAAAUGAACUAUGUGCCUUCAGAAUAACUGCCAGUUACUAAUAAAUAAAUUAAUGUAAAUAUUUUUUAUUAAUGUCGUAUUUUGUAGCAUUUUUUCACAGGACGCAAGUACAAUUUUAUUCGUACAAUUAAUUAUUACAUACUUUAUUUUAAGAAAAAUGGUUGUACUUAAAUAUUUUAGCGAAAAUUUAUAUUUUUAGGCGCCAAAUAUUAAAAUUAUUGACUUCCUUUUAAAACAUAGGUUACAUGAUUUAUUGACUUCUGUGAAAAAAUGCGUUUACAAUAAUGUUAGAGAUAACGCCAUUGUUAUUUUUAUUUUAUAAUUAUUUAUUUGACUUGUAUUAAUAAGAAAUCGCUUCUAUUUGAAUUUUCUAAACACAUUCUAAUGUUAAGUGGCCAUAAUUAAU